AUGGGUCAACUAGCUGAAGAUAUGGCUACAAUGUUUUGGUGUCCAUACGACAUCCAUAUGACUGUAGAGCAGAAAGUUGAGUUUCGAAGAGCUACACACUGCCACAUCUGCGAAGAGCCCUUCACUCCCGAAGACAAGAAAAACGUGACCAUAACCAUCUCAUACCAUUUGAUAAUUAUCGUGGCCCCGGGCACGAAGGAUGAAGAGGAUGCCAACAUUCCGCUAGAGGAAGUGAUAGUUGAAGAAGAUGUUGGAGUCGAUGAAGAGGAGAUUGACCUUCGAGUCGACGAAGAUGAAAACGAGGAUAACAAAAUCGACGAAGAUGAAAACGAGGCUAAUGAAAACGACGAAGAUGAUGACGUGAUGGAGCUUGAGAUGAUCGUGGAUGGUUGUGGAGGCGAUGAUGAAGGUGGUUUGAGAAUCGGUCGCCAAUUGCUCAACAUCACCGACACAUUAGAAGAUCCCAUGGAUUCAUAUUGCGCGAUGGACGCACAUGUGCAGAUCAGAACAAUUGAUGACAACAUCAGAAAGCUAUCAACUAGAGUUUUGAAGGAGCUCGCUUCCAAUUGUAAAGGUUUCCCGUUAGCCAAACGGGCAUUAUUGAAACAGACGUACGUGGACGAUGUGCUCCAUGGCACCGAUUCCCUUUCCGAGUUAGAAGAUUCUUAUCAUCAACUCAAUAGUUUGUUGAAUUCUGCAGGUUUCAAACUGCACAAGUGGUCAUCCAAUUCUUCACAGUUCAGAGAAAAAUAUUGUGAAGAUCCUGAUCCAAUCCAAUACGAAAUAAAAAUGGAAGACAACCCUAGCAAGGUGUUAGGUUUAUCUUGGAAUCCCUGUUCUGACAACUUAGCAGUUUCUCUACCGAAAAUUUAUUGUAAUGAUACUCCGUCUAAGCGCAAGGCGUUAUCAAUCACUGCUCAAAUGUUUGACCCGGUAGGCUUUCUGGGCCCGUUCAUAGUUCUUGCUAAAAUUUUCCUGCAAAAACUUUGGUUAGCAAAAAUCUCCUGGGACGAACCGCUUCCUGUUGAAUUGUUCCAAGAAUGGAAGGGAUUCAUCAAUUCAAUUGAAUCCCUAAAAUUUCUUAAAAUUCCUCGAUGUUUGUUUUCCUCAAAGUCCAUUGAACAAAUCCAAAUCCACGGGUUCGCUGACAGCAGCGAACGUGCUUACGGUGCCUGUUUGUACUUCAGAACCACUUAUUCCGAUGAUACCGUCACAUCUCUCUUAGUCACUUCCAAAUCCAGAGUAGCACCGCUGAAAACUGUUUCAAUUCCUCGUCUGGAAUUGUGUGCGAUGGUAUUGCUCACCAAACUAGCAAAAAAGGUUAUCCAAAUCUUUGUCGAAAACUUAGUUUUCGAAUCUGUAAAUUUGUGGACUGAUUCGCAGAUAGCUCUGCACUGGAUUCAGUCCCAUCCAUCCCGUUGGCACACCUUCGUGGCCAACCGAGUGUCCCAAAUUCAAACUUCCCUGCCACAAGCUCAAUGGAGACACGUUCGUUCUUCUAAAAAUCCCGCUGACUUACUUUCUAGGGGAGUAUUAGCUCUUGAUCUCCUGAAUUCAGAAUUGUGGUGGCACGGUCCUGAUUUCCUCUCCGAAAUAAAUUUGGAAUUGUCUAAAUUUAUCUUGAAACCCCCUCCAAGUGCUAUACCUGAGCAGAAGACAAACAAGCUGCAAGUGCUAGUGACAAGCACUCAAGUUAAAGACGAAUUUUGGAAUGAAAUAUUCCAGAGAUUCUCUUCCUUUAACAAAUUACUACACUCAGUAGCAUAUGUUUCACGUUUUUUAUCCAAUUCUAAAAAUAAGGAGACCAAGUUGUCCGGUCCUUUAUCCAUAUUUGAGAUAAAUUCUGCCUUAGUGCUGGUCCUUCGCAAUUUACAGUCCCAAUAUUUUUCUAAAGAAAUUUCCGCGUUAAAAUCCUCGAAAUCAAUUUCUGACAAAAGUAUAUUAGCUCUCAAUCCCUUCCUGAAUGAGCAAGGUCUCAUUUGCGUCGGAGGGCGUUUGCGUCACGCAGACGUCCCUGAACCCCAAAAACACCCCAUACUUCUCCCUGCAAAAAAUUAUGUAGUGUCCCUCCUACUCAAAAGGGAGCAUAUCCGGUUGGGUCACGCUGGUGCCCAAACUGUCCUUGCUAAUGUUCGUUUACAAUAUUGGCCUCUGAAUGGAAUCAGGGAAGUAAAAAGAGUAAUUCAUGAAUGCAUGAAUUGUUUACGUUUCCGAGCCGUAGCGGCUCAACAGAUUAUGUCCGAUUUACCUCCUGAUCGUGUCACUCUUUCUAGACCUUUUGAGAAGGUAGGAGUAGACUACGGUGGUCCUUUCUUAAUAAAGUCCUCGCGCCUCAGAAAGGCACCGACUAUUAAAUGUUACAUGGCUGUCUUCGUGUGUAUGGCUACCAAGGCUGUGCAUUUGGAGUUAGUCUCCUCCUUGUCCAGCGAAGCGUUUCUCUUAACCCUAAAACGUUUCAUAUCCCGUAGAGGAAUUCCUGCUGUAAUCCACAGCGACAACGCUACAAACUACGUAGGUGCAAGAAAUCACCUUCGAGAAUUGCGCGAAUUUUUCGCCAAGUCCCAACUGUCCGAAUCCUUGAAGGUUUUCGCAUCCGAAACUGGGUUUGAAUGGAAAUUCAUACCGCCUCGCAGUCCUCAUUGGGGAGGUCUGUGGGAAGCUGCAGUGAAGGGAGCCAAGCAGCACCUUUAUCGCAUUAUUGGAAAUUCUCAGUUCACCUUCGAAGAGUUCAGUACUGUACUGGCUCAAAUUGAAGCCAUCCUAAAUUCUAGACCCUUAUGUCCCAUUUCGAGUGAUCCGCGGGAUUUAGGAGUCCUGACUCCUGGCCACUUCUUAAUAGGUCGUAGCUUAACCUCUUAUCCUGAAUUAGAUACUACCCACUUACCCGAAAAUAGACUGACAUUCUGGCAGAGGUGUUCCCAGAUACAACAGUUUUUUUGGAAAAGAUGGACUGUCGAAUACCUCAACCGGUUGCAAAAUCGGCCAAAAUGGCUGUCUCCUUCCAAAAAUUUAGAAAUUAAUGAGUUAGUUUUAUUAAAGGAAGAUAAUGUCCCACCACUGAAGUGGCCAUUGGCCCGAAUUGUGGAAAUCAUUCCUGGCUCUGACCAGAGGGUCCGUGCCGUGAAACUUCGCUCCCAAGAAGGUGUCUUCGUCAGGCCUAUCA